GGACACAGCAACAACACUUCAACAGAGGACAUCAGGCAGCCAUCUACAAUCUAGAGGACAUAAACCAGCCAUCUACAAUCUAGAGGUCAUAAACCAGCCAUCUACAAUCUCUCUGUGUGUGUAGCUAUGAGGGGAGUUGUCCUUCUCUUCCUGCUGUCUCUCUGGUCUGGAGGUCAGGUGGAUGCUAUCAAUCAAGAUGUAUUGGCUAAUGUGGUACAAGAGAUGAGAAGGUUCGGCCUGGGGGGACGCCAGUAUGCCAUGGCUGUCUUACUCACCAAACAGCAGUGCACCCAAAAUAGAGCAAUCUUUGAUGUAGGCGUGCAACCUCAGGUUGUCCAGAACGCACUUAAUGGUAACAAUGUCUACACAGGAAACCGGCUCAUCGCAGCCACACCUCUUAGAAUAGUCCAGGCUAUUGACAGAACUAAAACAGACCAUGCUGAGUACCGUCUCUUGAGUCGUGGUAAUACCAACCUCAGCCCAAUGCAGACUCUGAUAAACAGUGCUGGUCGUAAUGAUGGUCAAUGUAUCGUCUUCUUCUCCACCUACUCUCCCUGCCUGGAGAAAUGCAACAACCCUAAUGGACGAAAUGAUAUUGUCCCCUUAAUGAACGUCUUUCAAGGCUUUGACAAAAACCGUAAGGCCUUUGUCUUCUCCUCGGUUUGGGACCCUUCAAGGAACAAUCCAGGAGUGACCAACCCCUCUAGGCAGUGGAUGUUUGACUCCUUCAAGAGAAUAGAUGGAUACCUACCUUUAUAUCGUUGUGACAGAUUCAAGGAAAACAAUAAAUGGGUCAACAGAUGUUACCGUUGUGUCACUGCCAACACAAAUCCUGAGACCAAUGACUGUCUGUAUGGAUACUCAUAGUGUACACUGUCUGUAUGGAUACUAAUAGUGUACACUGUCUGUAUGGAUACUAAUAGUAUACACUGUCUGUAUGGAUACUAAAAGUGUACAAUAUCUCAAUGGUGGAAAUAUAGAACUGAAUAUUUUCUUUCUCUCUUUCCCUCUCUCUGUCCACCCCCUUCUCUCUGUCCAUCUCCCUUCUCUGUUCUCUCUCUGUCCAUCUCCC